AUGGAUCUGCACUUGAGUUUUUCCGAUAAAUUCAAGUUGUCCGCAAAAACCAUUGGGCACAAGGUAGUGCAGUACCGCCUGAGCACGGGACGUUCAAAACAGCUAGACACAAAAUGUGGCAAGGUGAAGGGCAUGGAACGGAAGACCUACUAUGAUGGCGAAUCGUAUUACUCCUUUGAGGGCAUACCCUACGCCCAGCCACCGUUGGGUGAGCUACGCUUCCGGGCACCGCAACCGGCCAAGAACUGGGAGGGUGUCAGGGACUGCACCUAUGCCAGAUCGCAGCCGAUGCAGAAGAAUUCCAUAAUGAACAUCGUGGAGGGCUCCGAAAACUGUUUGUACCUCAAUGUGUAUGUCAAGCAGCUGGAGACACCGCGUAAGCUGCCUGUCAUGGUCUGGAUCUAUGGCGGUGGAUUUCAAUUUGGUGGAGCUACACGUGACAUCUACGCACCGGACUAUUUCAUGAAACAUGAUGUGCUGCUUGUGACCUUCAAUUAUCGUGUGGGUGCACUGGGAUUCUUGAGCCUAAAGGAUCGCGAUUUGCAGGUGCCGGGCAAUGCCGGACUCAAGGAUCAGGUGCUGGCGUUGCGUUGGGUGCACGACAACAUUGCGAGUUUCAAUGGCGAUGUGGAUAACAUAACGUUGAUGGGUGAAAGUGCUGGUGCUGCGUCGUCACACAUCAUGAUGCUUACGGAACAGACGCGAGGACUCUUCCAUCGGGUCAUUUUGCAAUCGGGAUCGGCGCUCUGCGAGUGGGGAACCCACACAGAUCGCAACUGGGUUCAGCGUUUGGCCAAACGGAUGGGCUACAAAGCCGAUGAGGCGGACGAGAAGCAACUGUUGCAGUUCCUCAGGAAUGCACCCGCCACCCAGUUGGCGCACUGCGGCAGUGCAAUUGUCACGCAGGAGGAACAACGAAAUUAUCAAAUCAUCGCCUUUGGGCCCGUUAUCGAGCCGUAUGUGGGUGAGGAUUGUGUGAUACCGCGUCCACAUCUCGAGCAAUUGGCCAGCGCCUGGAGCAAUGAGCUGCCCCUUAUCAUUGGUGGCACCUCGUUCGAGGGACUCUUCAGCUAUCAGUCAACGCUGCACGAUCGGGAGCACAUGCUGAGUGCUUUUGAGGCAAUCAUUCCGCCAUCCGUUCGCGAUGCCAUCGAUGCCGAUGAGCUGGCCGAGCAGCUGCGUCGUCUGAAGCUGGCCUACUUUGAUGAUGCGGAUCGUGCCAAAAUGGAGCUGUUUGAGUGUCUGCGUCUGUUGAGUGUCAAGCAUUUCUGGCAUGGCAUUCAUCGAUCCCUGCUCGCACGAUUGGCCUAUGCACCGGCCACGCCCACCUACCUCUAUCGCUUUGACAUGGACUCGCCACAUUUCAAUCACUUCCGCAUUUUGAAUUGUGGACGCAACGUGCGUGGUGUCUGCCAUGCGGAUGAUGUCUCCUAUAUGUUCUACACACUGCUCUCGUCCAAAUUGGAUAGGGCAUCUCUCGAAUAUCGUACCAUUGAGCGUCUCAUUGGCAUGUGGACUUCUUUUGCGACAACUGGUGAUCCCAAUUGCAAGCAAAUUGAGCCCACCAAAUGGGAACCACUGCGUCCAGGUGGUUCCGAGCUCUGUCUCAACAUUGGUGAGGAACUGGAGUUUAAGCCACUGCCGGAGAGCAAGGAGUUUGUCCUUUGGGAUAGCUUCUACACAAGAGAGACUUUAUAUUGACAAGGAGGAGGAUAAGUCUCUUGAAUGUGGAACACAAUCUCCUAGCUAUAUGAUUUUAAAAUUGCUGCAUUUAAUGAACAAUUCAAUUUUUAACUUGCUUCAGCGAUUCUUUUUUUGAAAGUCUGCAAAACGUGUAAUCGAUUAUUAUCGAUUGUUAGCGUGAACGAGACAGCAAGUAAAUUAUUGCCAUAAACGUAUUAAUUAUUAAUUUUAAAUGGAAAAGUAAGAUUUCUCACAAAUUGUUCACUGUGUAAAAUGAAUUCUUGUUUUGUGUAUGCUGACCUAUUUUAGUUAUUUAAAUAUUUAUACUUCGUUCACAUAGACAUGGUAUAUAUAAUGCU